CAGGAGGCUAUCCGUGAUUGAACGCUACGCCCGGCUGAGACUAUCCAACAUGGCUGGCCAGGAAGACCCAGUGCAGAGAGAGAUCCACCAGGACUGGGCGAAUCGAGAAUAUAUAGAAGUUAUUACGAGCAGCAUCAAAAAGAUCGCCGACUUUCUUAACUCGUUUGAUAUGUCGUGUCGGUCCCGCUUGGCCACCCUCAAUGAGAAGCUGACGGCGUUAGAGAGGAGGAUUGAAUAUAUUGAGGCGAGAGUGACAAAAGGAGAGACCUUGACCUAGAACUCAUCAUGGAGAUCUAUAGCAUCCUAGAGCUACCUGCCCAUCCCCCACCCUGAUUUUUUGGAAAAAGUGUGAUGGAUUCCACCCUCCUUUUUUGGGACCAUGUGGACCAUUUUUAUAUUAUAUGGCUGAGUUUUGUGUUGUUUUAUCUCAUGACACAUUUGUAUAGAAGAUAUUGGCCCGUGACAGUGACUCCAGCAUCAUCAAUGUUACAAAACAAAAAAAUAACCUCCAUAAGUAUUGGUUUCAAAAGAUAUUGUGGGGCUCAAUUAUGGAUCUGGUAUCAGCACAACUUGUUGACCAUCUAUGUUGUAUACAAUGUCAUUACCACAUCAGAGAUUUAUGAAAGGGGAACAUUCUUGUGUGCCAAGUUGAACAAGUAAUUGUGUAGUCGUCUUUACUAAGGACUUGCUUGUACAGUGAACUGUUUGGUGAUGUUUCAGGAUUUGAAUACUGUAAUAAAUGAUGAACAAUGAA